AUAGUCGUAAUCGACAACAGCUGAAAGCUUUUACGGUCAAAAGUUUUUGAUAGUAUGUUUUCGUCAUAGGAAGCAACAAUUUUACCUUUAUAUACCAUUCACCGGAAUACAGGGCCUUCUCCACUGCCGGUUAGCCUAAUCCUGUAGGAAUGGCGUGCAUUGACAAUCUCAAUGAUGACUGCCUGCUUAAAAUUGUAGAGUACCUGAAUCUGGACGAGCAAUUGCAGCUAUGGAAGAGUUCGGAGCCCUCAUCCCGCCUGAGAUCGGUGCUAUCGUACACAUGGCAGCACCACACAGAUCACUCCGUGGAUCAGGAAACCUUCGCGGGAAGUCCCGACGUCCUCGAAGAUUUCCUGCAGUCCAUACGCUUCUCUGUGGAGGAACUCACGCUCCGGUACUUGAACAUGGAACAACUUGAGCAGUGGAAGAAUCACACCUUUCCCACCAUGCGGGAGCUGACCUACAUGGGGGAUGAAAGCAGUGAGAUAGAGGGCGACUCAGACAUUGCGAUUCUGGUCAAGUGCUUUCCACUGCUGGAGGCCAUUGGGCUGAGUGGAAACUGCAGUGGUCAGCACAUUAGUCAGUGGAGGCAUCUUCGCCGACUCGAUCUUCAGCUAUGCUGGUACUUGAACACCCAGAACUUCGAGGAAAUCUGCCAAAACCUUCGGCUUCAGACCCUGAGCAUCCAAUGGCACAAAGCCGAGGAAGAUGCAUAUGUGCACGCUAUCGGUUCGUUGCAGGAACUGGAGGAGCUGGAGCUGGACAUCGUCCACCUCAGCCCUGACAACACCAGCAAACUAUUGCGUCUGCCCAAGCUAAGGAAGCUCCUACUGCACAAUUUUGAGCAGAUGGACGAACUGAUAUCGGACAUUGGACGUCUCAGGGGUCAGGAUGUGGUAACCGCUGCUUUCAGCGAUAAUAUCUGGAUGAUGCGAGCUGAGGUGUUGGCCAAGUUUCGAAACCUUCGUUGCCUGACCCUCGUAGACGAUGAAGGCUGUGCCGCCGUUGACUUCCGCCCGAUAAUCAACUGCUUUCCUCUCCUGGAGCAACUGCAUCUGGAGAACUCACGGAUUUGGCUAAAUGCCGACGGAAUAUGGGAUGUGGUGCUUGCAUGUCCACGUCUCAGAAUCUUCAGCAUGUCAAACCAGGUCCUGUACGACGAGUUCUUCGCCUUUAGCAAGUCAGCCAUGAGCCGUGCCUUGAAUAAGCGGAGGGAUCCUUUAAUCAUGCAUUUUUACAAAACUUCUAAAGAAGCCCUGAUUGCCCAGCACUUUGGACAUCCCAAACUUAUAGUUUCCUAUAAUCCGACGAAUAGCAUUGACUCACAAUUACCUGGCGAAUGUAUAGAGCUUGAAUUUGUACAGCAAGAAACGUGACCCGCAAUUAGGUUUUAAUUUUUGAAAGUAACAUCUUGUUAUUUAUUUUAAAAACCUCCCGUCUUUAGGACUUGUAUUCCGGUGGAAAGCAAAAUUAUUAAAAUGGUUGUUAAAAAUAUGUAUAUUACAUACUUAAUUCAGUUAAAUGAUGUUCGCCUUAUAAGAGACUAAUAAAUACUUUAAUUCCUAUUA